CCUCUCAUAAUCGUUCUCGCGGGCCGCCGUUACGGACGUGCCGUGUUUUAUUUUUACCGCGUUUUGUUUCCCUUUCGUUCUUUCCUUUUAUGAUUUAAGCCACCAUGUCGAAGGGCGACGGUGAACAACAAAACGGCUCCGGCGAGGAGUCCAAGACCAACCUCAUCAUAAACUACCUGCCGCAGAGUAUGACCCAGGAAGAGAUUCGGAGCCUCUUCUCGAGCAUCGGCGAGGUGGAGUCCUGCAAGUUAAUACGCAAUAAGGGGGCGGCCUUCCCUGAUGCACUGAAUCAUGCGCUGCACGGCGGAGGACAGAGCCUAGGCUACGCCUUCGUCAACUACCACCGCCCCGAGGACGCGGAGAAGGCCAUCGCGACUCUCAAUGGACUGCGCCUUCAGAACAAAACCAUCAAGGUAUCCUACGCCAGACCCAGUAGCGAGGCCAUCAAAGGGGCGAACCUAUACGUCUCCGGCCUACCGAAAACGAUGACACAGACCGAGCUGGAGAGAUUGUUCAGUCCGUACGGCCGCAUCAUCACAUCGCGCAUCCUUUGUGAAAAUUCCGGAGGAAGACCGUUCACUGGGGGAGAGCAGGGCCUGUCAAAGGGAGUAGGAUUCAUCCGCUUCGAUCAGAGAGUGGAAGCUGAGAGAGCUAUUCAAGAAUUGAACGGAACAGUACCUAAGGGAGCGACGGAGCCGAUCACAGUGAAGUUCGCAAACAACCCAAGCAACAACGGCAAGGCGCUGGCGCCUCUCGCCGCCUACUUACCGGCAGCGCUACGCUUCCCAGCACCCCUCGGGAGAUUCAGCUCAGGCAAGUCCCUACUCGCUAUCAAUAAAGGUCUACAGCGCUACAGCCCGCUGGCGGGCGAGCUACUCGGCGGUGUAUUGCCGGGCGCCGUCGGCUCCGAGUGGUGCAUCUUUGUUUACAACCUAGCCCCCGAGACUGAGGAGAACGUCCUAUGGCAGCUGUUCGGACCGUUCGGCGCCGUCCAGAGCGUUAAAGUGAUCCGCGACCUGCAGACUAACAAAUGCAAAGGGUACGGAUUUAUAACGAUGACUAACUACGACGAGGCCGUCGUCGCUAUUCAGUCCCUCAACGGCUACACGCUCGGGAACAGAGUGCUGCAGGUCAGUUUUAAGACGAACAAGAUCAAAACGAUCUAAGUCGUCCCGGAUACGGCCUAGCUGGACGCUAGGACGGCACAGCAGGCGCGCACCCAUACAUACUACUCUUCAAUACUGGCGGAGCACAUCGCCGCCCAGACUAAGGACCUGAUCAGACUGUCUUCCCGACUAGACCGCCCGCAGGGGCAUUUUGUACAUUAAUUGUAUAUUUAAUCGAUUUGCUCAUUGUACCUCUUUGUUCGGCGCCCGCCAUUUUCCCCCAGGCAACUGGGUUAAGUGUUACGGAAAUCAAAAUGGCGGAAAGUGAUUGCGCAUGUCCGGAUGAAAUGGCGACGCCGGGCAGGGAGACGGAGCGCGCAAUAAUAUGUUAAGACGAGGCAUCAAAUGCUCUAACAGCAACCAUACAUAUUAAUAGUCAAUAACAUAUGGCAAUCAUCGCUUACGAAAGGUUGUGGUUAUCGAGAAAUAGUUAUCGGUUAUAAAUAAAGUAAUUAGCAAUAAUAGCCUAAUGCUAUUCUCACAUGGGCGAUCGUAUCUUAUGGACAGCGGCCGGCUCGGCUCAAAUCGAUAAUGUUUGCCAAAUGUAUUCGUCUGUCGCUCACUGUAACGUAUAGUAGACCGGCCAGGCCUCCGCGGGGAGGCGAUCGGCGCAAAUAAAAUAGUUAUUGUUAAUGAUUGGAAAUAUAUAUUAUCUAUACUUAUAUUUUAAUCAUAUAUUAAUCUAAUUAAGAAUGAAACUAAUCAAAAACUGUGAUAGGUUUUGAUAAAAUUUUAAAAAAAUAAAUCUUGAAAGAUCUCGGGAAAUGAAAACUUGGUGGUACAGCGGUCGACGACGGUAUGCUCGCAGCGACGGCACCGUCGUGGGCGCGGGGCAACGUCGGCCGCGUGACCACGGAGAGCGUAGGUAGGUUAGUUUUUGAGAAACAUUUUGAGGUGACUAGAAAUCGGAUUACGCUUAAGGGCGGUGUCGGAUGGCACGCGCAAUCAAAGAGGAUGCGAAAUCGAUUCAGCUCUCGCGGGCCCGGGCGAAGCGGAGGCCCCCCUCCGCACCGCCCGCGCAAGAGCGAGACGGAUACUCAAGCCGGUCACACGGGUGACGAGAAUGGUCCGUUCGCGGAACAAUGGUGCAUAGUAGUCUAACGAUGUCGUUUCGUAAAAAUCGAUGUCUAAACAUAUUAUGAUCGGUACCUGUUAUAUUAAUAAUGUAUGGAUGCGACCCUGCGUCUAUUCGAAGUAGGCUUUAAUUGUCUUAGUUUAAAUGAAAAUUUGUAAAUAGAGAAAAAAAUGUUUAAAAAAAUAUAUAAAAAAUAGAGCUCUCGCGUCAGAUACGCCACCGAACACAGAAACUUCAACCCGAAAAAACAUCGAAAUUGAAUAGAUAUACUAUCGUGCCGUCCUAACGACCCUAACGAUUUUUGUAAAAAAAAAUAUAUA